CAGUUGCGGCUGCCGCUCGAGAAGCUUGCAGCACCUGUCGCAGGUGCGCGUGGAUCACGUGGCUCUGCCGUCGGUCUAGGGAGCCGCGCCAGCUUCCUUCCUUUUAGGCGUUUCUCCGCUUGCGCGACCGGACCAGAUUAGGGAAUGCGGAUAGAGUUGGCCGUCGCUCGUUAGUUCUCGGGGGGGAACAACACAAAACAAAACAAAACAAACCCGAAGAGGGAGAGGUAUUCAGGCCGCCUUCCAUUAAGACGGUGGCGCUUCGGCGGACCGAAGAUGAGCAAAAUCCAGAAGUUUUUCAAGGGCGGCGGCGGCGGGUCUGGCUACUCCAAGGGGAAGGGGAAAGGGGGCCCCACCCCGCAGGAAGCUUUGGCGCGGCUGCGGGAGACGGAAGAAAUGCUAAUCAAGAAGCAGGAAUACUUGGAAGCCAGGGUCGCCAAGGAAUUGGCCCUGGCUAAGAAAUACGGCACCAGAGACAAGCGAGCUGCACUGCAGGCACUGAAGAGAAAAAAGAGGUAUGAAAAACACUUGAGCCAAAUUGAUGGGACUCUUUCCACUAUUGAAUUCCAGCGGGAGGCUCUUGAAAAUUCCUACACAAAUACAGAAGUGUUCAAGAAUAUGGGCUAUGCUGCUCAAGCCAUGAAAAAAGUACACGAAAAUAUGGACUUGGACAAAAUUGAUGACAUGAUGCAAGAUAUCACUGAGCAACAAGAUAUUGCCCAAGAAAUCACAGAGGCUCUCACAAGAAGAGUUGGUGAUGACUUUGAUGAGGAUGAACUAUUGGCAGAAUUAGAAGAACUGGAGCAAGAGGACCUCAAUAAUAAGAUGAAAAAUGUUCAUUUGCCAAGUGUCCCAGCUAACCCACUGCCUUCUCAUCCUGCGUCUUCAAAGAAGAGGGUGGAAGAUGAUGAAGAUAUGCAGCAACUGGCAGCAUGGGCAUCUUAACAGCAAUUUCUCACUGGCUUCAAGGGAAUACUAUGGGAAUAUCAUGGAAGGACUUCAUGGAAUAAUGCUUAUGUUUUACACAGAGCGUAGCUGUGUGGAAUCUUGACCAAAAUUGGUCUCUGGUGGAAUAUGUGUAUAUAUUUUAUAUAGUCUUGUAUAUAUUAUUUUGGGUUUUUUUGUUUUUUUUAAAGCCAGCAUUCUCAACUAUAAUUUUACUCCUUCAGGUAUAUCUCCAGACAUACCAUUUUUAUGCUAAAGAAAUUAGAUGACAAGCAAGACUGAAUUUUAAAUAAUGUUAUCCUUCUUAGCUGAUACUUUUUUAACGCACAGAACAUGUUGAGGUUGCAAAACCUAUUGGUGCAAUAGUGAGUAUUAUAGUGGUUUGAAAGAGUAUUAAAAUUGGCUUGGUUUUGGAAUCUCAUUUUCCAAACAAAAUUAUUAAAACCCAUGGUCCAUAGAUCUGCACUGAGUUUUUUUGUUUUCUGUGGUUCUUCUAUAAUGCCAAUGGCUUGUUCAGAGUACAAAACAGAAAUGAUUUUGUACCUUAAAAACUAAGAUGAUGAAAAUGGACCUCUGUUGAAAGAGAGAGGGGAUGCAUUCCCUAUGCCUGUGAUGGUGAACCUGUGGCACGCGGACCCAUUUCUUAGGGCAUGCGAGGCGUUGCCCUAUCAGCU